CUGGGCAUUACUACUUUUCUAAGAAUAUUAAUCGAAUGUAUUAAAAGACAUAGUAUAUUCCAUUCAUAAGUAUAUCCAUAUAUUACACAUAUUUACACCCUUUGUAAGUAGUUUCUCAGAACUUUAAUUUAAAAUUUCAGAUUUGAUGUGCGACUUAUAUUUGUAUAUGAUAUUAACAAAUUUGUGUUUAGAUUUAGUGUAUUAGUUGGGUGACUUCCACUCCGUGGGUUGUAAAGUAUUGGAUCUUGAUAGAUCUAGUAAAUUCCAUACAAUAAUAUGCAAUCCUAAAUCUCACAAGUGCAUUUCAAAUAAUAUCUGAUUUGUAUGGUAGGGCUUAUUUCUGAAAAAUGUAAAAUAGAAUUAAAUUGUAUUCCUAAUAGCGAAUACUAAUAGCGAGAGUAUAAAAACACUUUUCUGCAAAAACUUUUCUAACUCUCCUGUAUUUUAAUGUUCAAUAAAAAAUAAUUUUUCAUAUUUUUUAGGAAAUCAAUUAAAGUAAAUAUUUUUUUGCAAUUUUUCAAAUUGUUACGUCAAGUGAGAAAUAGGCAGAAUGGACGACAAAGAUUCGGUAUUAAAAUUUUGGACUGAAUUCACCUGCGCCUACCCAUAUUCGCAAAAGAUGUGUAAUGGUUUCUCAAAAUUAUUCCGUUUCAUUUUCGACAACCACUUGGACUCGGUGGGCACAUUCGAUACAAUGUUAUUGUCAUCCUUUAUACUAAUUUUCCUAACAUUUUUGGUCGUAACCAUGCUCACGAUAUUCGAAAAAGAUCAAAAGUCUUUGCAGCAAAUAAAAGAGAAAGUUAGACAUUCAACUGCAGUUAUCGCCCAGCUCGCUGCAACUUUAUGGACCAUAAGGGAAACGAAAUUUAAAAGUAUCUCUCCGGAAGGAUAUCGAAAAAUAAAGGAAAAUAAGGAAGCAAUAAUGGCUUUAAAAAAUCCACAACAAUCAGUGGAGAUGGAUAUCUCAAAGGAAUCAGAAGAAAAACCAAAGGAAGUGAAGAAGAAAUUUGCUAGAGGUUUUAAGCCAUUUAAGGGGGAUUUAUCACCACCGCCAGCGAAAAGUGCGCCGUAUUCUAUUUUAAAGCGGUCAAAGUUUGUUCAGCAAAAAAAGGUUUGCAGCCUUUCAAUUGUACAAAGUAAAAGACCUAAGAAUUUACGAGCUGUAGCUAGUGUUGCUUCGCUCAACAAAAGGCAAUCGGAUUCUACAACACCAAGGUCAAUUUGCGAGGGUGCUGAAACUCGAAAUGUUGGCUCAACAAAAGUAGUUCGGAAAACAUAAUUUGGAUACAUUGUAAAAUAAUUUAUAUCAACUGCAUGUACUUGAGCAUUUUAACUUAAAUCCUUUAAUAAUAAAAGAAAUCCGGCAACACCGUCAAUCUAUGCAAUAAAUAUGACAUUUGAAAAUUUGACAUUGUGAUUUAGCUUUGCUGUGUCAUUUGGAUUUUGUAGUAUUGUUGCGGUACAGGAAUUGUAGAAGUUAAAAUAUCAAAAAAAUAAUUAACGAAAAUGGCAUCUGAACGUUAUAGUUUCUCACUAACUACUUUUAGCCCGUCUGGUAAAUUGGUGCAGUUGGAAUAUGCUUUGGCAGCUGUUGCUGCUGGCGCUACAUCAGUGGGAAUAGUUGCUUCGGAUGGUGUUGUGAUUGCUACUGAAAAUAAGUACAAAUCGCCUUUAUAUGAAGAACAUAGCGUUCAUCGUGUUGAACCAAUCACCGAUCAUAUUGGCAUGGUGUACUCUGGGCUAGUGCCAGAUUAUCGCCCACUUCUUAAAAGAGCUCGUAAAAUGGCUCAACAGUACUUUUUAGUUUACAAAGAACCUAUGCCUGUAUCACAAUUAGUCCAACAAGUUGCAAAUGUAAUGCAAGAAUAUACUCAGUCAGGAGGUGUGCGGCCGUUUGGAGUAUCUUUACUAAUUUGUGGUUGGAAUAAUGGAAAACCCUACCUAUUCCAAUGUGACCCCACAGGUGCAUUUUUUGCGUGGAAAGCUACUGCCCUCGGUAAAAAUGCACAAAGCUGUAAAACAUAUAUGGAAAAAAGAUUCAACUUGCAAUCAAAUAACUCUAUUUCUCAAUCACUGGAUGAUGCAGUAGUCGAUGCCAUGCGAACUUUAAAAGGCGGAUUUGAAGGUGUAAUGACUAAAGAUAACAUAGAAGUGGGAAUCUGCACCGAAAAGGGCUUCAGACGUUUAACACCCACUGAAAUCGAUGACCACCUAUCUAAUGCAAACUAAGUUUGCGGAGAACACAAAUUUUCCCUUAUUUUUUAUUAAAACGUAAUUUAAAUAACCACGACAGAAAAAAUAAAAUCGGUUACAGUAUA